UUGUGUGUGCUUAGGCUACAGUAAAUCUUAGUUUUAUUGAUAAUACCUGUAUUGUAAAAACUGAUAAGACUUUUAUAUUUACAGUGUCUAAGCAAAAAGGGAUUUGAAAAUAAAGACUGAAAAUGUCUGACAAUCUGGUAGUUGCUGGUUUUGGUCCACUGCAAGCUUAUAUUGGUGCUGAAGAGGGUGUGGCUCUACAGGCUGACAAUGGCCGGUUCCUCAGCUGUGUUUAUCAAAGAUCAAAUAUUUAUAACAUAGAAGCUGCCAAGACCACCAAAGACUCUUGGUGCAAAUUCAUAGUGGAGAAAGUCGAUGAUUCGAAAGUCCGGCUCAAAGACCAGAGGGGUGUUUACCUCAGUCGAAUUCACAGGUCUGGAGUCGACCAUAUCGAGGCAGCCAAGGCUAAGUCUGAUGAAUUCUGUGAGUUCAGUGUCUUCACCAGGAAUGGGAAAGUCAUAUUUAGAGCCGACAAUGGCCUGUUCUUAAGUCGAUGUUUUCGGGGUAAUCAGAACAUUGAAGCUGUUAAAGACGGUGUUGAUGAAUGUUGUGAAUUUUCACUGAGUAUCGGGGAUAUCAUUAGCCCCGUGUUUGAAAUUGUCAAUAUAGAUUUUGGCAAAAUCCCAGACCUGAGCGACAAGCCAUCUAUGGUGAAAAGCGAUUACUACAUUAAUGAAAGCAGCGUGAAUCAAUCACACACCUUCAAACUAAACUGGAUGGAUACAGUCACGGAGACCACGACUUGGACCCACACCUGGGGGCUGUCCACUACUGUGUCUUUUGGUUUUUUAUUAUUAAGUGCCGAAGUCACCAUCUCAUACUCAGGACAGUAUGGCACCAGCUCCUCAAAAGAGAAAACCAUCUCCAUGUCAGAGGAGACUGCCAUCACAAUUCCUCCCAAAACCAAGAUCACAGUGAAACUGAUGGUCAACAAGGAUGAUCAUGCUGAGAUUCCCUUCACAGCUACAAUCAAGAAGACCAAGGCCAAUGGACAGGUUGAGAUGUUCACUGAGAACGGCAUCUGGAAGGGUGUGGUUUAUGAAAAUGUAAGGCUUAAAAUCGAGGAAGCCAAAGUGUAAGAACAGGUUUACAAGUUCAAAGCAAAACAACCCCUGUGUAUGGAGUGAGUUAACAAAUCAAGCUUUCAAAGAAAAUCAUAUAAAAGUACAUAUUGUAUCAAGGGGAUUCAAAUAUAUUGUGCUGUUAAUUGCAAUGUCCAUAACUUAUGAAUGUAAUCAAUCUGAGGAAGCUAAAAAAUAUAUAUAUAUUUGAGUAUUCUGGUAUACUUUUAAUGUAAGCUUUGUUUACAUUUCAUAACUAUAUAUUGUGAUUAAUGGAAGAAAAUUCAAAUAAUCUAGCUUUUAUUUCUGCUAACAUAAACUCAGACUGUAUCAUUGUCUUUUCCCCCAUCAGUGUGGGUAUGUUUAUUUGAAUUAUUCUUACAAAUAAAGACAUUUUUUGUAUCAUA